GGAUUUGUGUAGUUGUCGUGCUCCGUUGUUGCCGCUUGUCGUUGUCGUUUUGUCGUUAUCGUGUUGUCGUUGUCGUUGUCGUUGUCGUUGUCGCCGUCGUUGUCGUACGGACAUCGAAUCGCAUCGCAUCGCAUCGCCUCACAUCGCGUAGCCGCAGUGUUGACCGUCCGCAUCCGCAAACUGGCAAACGAAGCAUUUCAGCUGGAAGUCAAGAAACAAGUGCCAGCCUUUCAACCAGAUAUUCAAGAUAUCUCCAGUCGGUUUAUGGCAAUUGUUGAAUGCUGAAAACGUAACGAGAGUGCACGUGCUAGAAGUCCAAGCAGAAGUUGAAGUACAAGUAGAAACAACUCUCAAACGCCUGCGUUAAGUUUCUGAAUGUGUGUUGUUAUGCAAAUCGCGUCCUUUUUGGCUUGAGGCAACAAUACCAGUGAGUGUGUGAGUGAGUGAGUGCGGUCGAGAGUGUGUGUGUGUGCCACAGUUACAGUGUAACCGCGUAUAUGUGCGCUGUUGUACGCGCCCACAAUGCAUAAAUCAAAAUACACAUUAUUGAGUCAUAAAUAAAGUUCGCAUCGGCUGCUACUUUAAAUAUUGCCCUCGCGGCAGGCGGCGAUUCCAAGACGAGAAACCGAGAAAAAAGCGAGCAAAGCAAAAGCAAGGCCGCCGAAAUCGAAAUUUAUGCCUCGCACCCGCCAAAUACUUUGCCAUAUUUUUUGCUCAAUUGCCUGCCGCUCCUCCACAUCCACAUCCUGAUUCAGAUUCAGAUUCAGAUCCAGAUCCUCCUGCCCCUCAUUGGUAUGAUGUGUGCGUCUCUCCGCUGGCUGCAUAAAAUGCCCGCUCAACGCCAACACGCCCUCAACAGCAGCAAUAAGCAAUAAGCACAGCGAGGCAACAACACUGUGGCCCAAACCCCUGCGGGCUGAUUUUAUUACAAAGGCCGUAAAGAACGCCAAAAAGCGGAGUAAACGCCACAGCAAAGGGAUACAAACGCGGCCAAAAGCAGGGUUAUCACUCGGUGAAAGGAGAAAGGACACGGCUUGGCUUCAGGAUGCGAGGCAAAAGGAUUUGAAAUUACAUUUUUAAUGCAGAGCGGGCAAGAAAAAGAGCGCGAAAUGAGCAACACGUGCGCGUUUUAUUUUAAAUAUUUAUAAACAAACACAGGCACACACCCACAUAUAUAUAUAUAUAUAGGUGACCAAAGUUAAGCCUCGUCAAAUUCUAUUAAAAAUUCAUCUUAACGGUUAUGCGUUCUGCGCAAACAGCCGAGCAGCUAAGAAGCCGGGCAAAAAAUGUUUGUAAAUAUUAAAAUGAAUUUAUGUGCAGCGCAAAAGUUUUUAAUUAAGUGAAAAGCGAAAACACGAGUGGAAACGAUAAAAACCAACGCCAGGAAAAAAAGGGAAAUCAUUGAGCGAGUGAAUUAGAGCAACGAGCUUACAUAUUUGAAGCGAUGUUCGAGCAGGCCGAACCCCAUUUAUUUGCAUACCUAAUGCAGUGAGCCGCCAUCGAGCCCCGUGCAGCAUACUAACUAGUCAGUAAUCACCAGUCGGAUCGGAUCCCAUAGGAUCGUGAGCAGAGCUAUAUAACCAUGUCCAUCACCGCCUCAUUCCUCAUCUGCCUGAUCAUGGGAGCCAUAACCUAUGCCAAUUCGCACGAGCAUGCCGAUGGCUUCAAGCCAGAUGGCGAAAUCCUGCGCGUGCUGGUGAACAGCUCGGCCCAAAUCAAAUGUGAUGUGGGCUCCAGCCAGGCCGAUGACAAAGUGCUGCUGGUUGUUUGGUACAAGAAUAAUUUACCCAUUUACAGCUACGACACACGUGGCGCCCACGCUGGCACCCCAUCGCAUUGGCGGGACGAAGAGGUCCUCGAGGAUCGGGCCGUCUUUCGCACCCACAAGGAGCCGGCGGAAUUGAUUAUAAAUCCGGUUAAGGAAAAGGAUGCGGGCAACUUUCGCUGUCGCGUGGACUUCAAGCUUUCGCAGACCCGCAACAGCAACGUCAAUUUGGAAGUUGUCGUGCCGCCGACGCAGCCGAUUAUCUUUAAUGAGAGACGCCUGCGAAUCGAUUCGAGGGCAGGUCCUUAUGAAGAGGGUGGCAGCCUGGAAGUAACUUGCGUGGUCUACGGAGGGUCUCCCCCGCCGACUGUCAUCUGGCUGAUGAAUGGGCAGCUGCAGAACAGCGUUGUCGAUUACACAUACGAUGGCGCCAUCAACAGCAAGCUGGUGGUUCGCAACCUGUCAAGAAUCCACCAGCAUGCGGUCUACACCUGCCAGGCCAGCAAUUUCCACAAGAAAUAUGUGGCCACCAACAUAACCAUCGAGCUCUACCUGCGGCCUCUCCUGGUGGAAAUCAGCUUCAACAAUCAGCCGAUGUCAGCGGAUCGAAAGUACGAGAUUGAGUGCCAGGCGAUCGGAUCGAGGCCCCCGGCCAAAAUCACCUGGUGGAUGGGCAACCUCGAGCUGCAUGGCCACAGUCAAAAGGUCUCUGAGGACGGCAAUGUGAGCACUUCGGUGCUAUCGAUCACACCCACCAGAGAAGAUCAUGGCAAGGCAUUAUCCUGCCGGGCAACCAAUGAACUCGUUCGCAAUGGCAUUCGGGAAACGGCUAUGAAGUUGAAUGUUUUCUUCAUACCCACCUUGCAGCUGGACCUGGGCUCCAAUCUAAAUCCGGAGGAUAUCGAGGAAGGCGAUGAUGUCUACUUCGAGUGCAAAGUGCAUGCAAAUCCGGCUGCUUAUAAAGUUGUAUGGAAGCAUAAUCACCAAAUCAUCCAGCACAACCAGCGAGCGGGCGUGAUUGUGAGCAGCGGCGACCUGGCCCUCCAGGGUGUCACCCGUCACCAGGCCGGGAACUACACCUGCACCGCCUCGAAUGUGGAGGGCGACGGGGACUCCAAUGUGGUCGAGCUGAAAGUGAUGUAUAAGCCAAUUUGCCGGCCCGAUCAAAAGAAAAUCUAUGGAGUGGCACGGAACGAGGCGGCCGAAAUAGUGUGCGAAGUGGAUGCCUUUCCGCCGCCGGAGAACUUCAAGUGGUCCUUCAACAACACGGCGGAGACCUUCGACAUGCCGCAGAGCGGUUUCCGGCCCCAUUCCGCCCAGGGUUCCACCCUCACCUACACGCCCGUCAAGGAAAUGGACUUUGGCACCAUCAUGUGCUGGGCCGACAACAAUGUGGGUCAGCAGAAGGAGCCCUGUGUGUUCCAUUUGAUCGCCGCUGGCAAACCGGAAGCGCCCACCAAUUGUACGGUGGUCAAUCAAACGUCCGACUCGCUGGAGGUUUAUUGCAUUGAAGGAUUCGAUGGCGGAAUGCGGCAAUGGUUCCUCAUGGAAAUCUUCGAUCAGCACAGUGGUCAGCUGCAGGCCAACAUCAGUGCCAAGUUCGCGGCCCUGAGCGUUACGGGAUUGGAUGCUGGCCGCCUGUUCCGGAUCUAUGUGUAUGCCGUUAAUGGACGAGGCCGCAGCGAUGCCAUUGCCCUCGAUGGAUACACCCUGAAGGCGGCCGAGAAGCAGACUGUCGCCUUGACCUCGUACAAGGGCAGUGCCCAGAGUCCCGAUAACUUUGAGCUGACACCGAUCCUGUCGAUUGGCAUCUUUGUGGGCAUCCUGGUGGCCAUCGUGUGCAUCGGAAUCGGCACCAUUGCCGCAUUGAAACUGCGCUCGCACAAACACCAGCAGCAACAGAAAUUCGUACAUCCAAAUGCGAAAUUCUCACGUCCGGGCAAUUUGCAAAUUAAGGACAAAAUCUCAUUGCCAUUGAGUCACUCCGAGGAGAUGUACGACGAGAAGAAUCCCGAUGUUGUGCCCUACAAUGAGGUUGAUGGCGAAUAUAAACAAAAAUCAGCAACACAAACGCCAUCGGGACAUCUUUCGACGACCAGCGAGGUGGAAAUCAGCUGCAAGCCGGGCUCCACAUCCGGCACCGGAAUCCUCCCGGCCAACUCGGCGGACAGUGGCACCUAUCAGAGCAGCAAGGACGAUGAGCUGCACUACGCGGAGCUGUCGCUGGCCAACAUGCCCUCCGGCAGCGGAGGCGCCUCCAAGAAGGGUCAGCCCGGCGGCGGGGUGGGGGUGUCGCAGCAGGUGGUGCAGCAACAGCAGCAGCAGGGGCAGGUGCAGCAUGCCCACCCCCUGAUGGGUGGCACCUUGCCACAUGGGUCCAGCAUGCGGAAGCUGCUGCCCACCAUUCCGGCGACGGCGACCCUGCAGCGCCACAAGCCAAAUGCGGGCGGACUGCAGCAUCCGCACCAGCACGCUCCGCCGCCCACGUACGACUACGAUUACUUUGAGGAGCCGACGAUAUAUGCGCAGAUCGAUGCGUACAAGACGAUGCAGGUGGACACGACAGUAGGAGCAGGUGUAGGAGGUGGACCUGGGGCAUGCAUCUCAUCGCCGGGGUCACAAGGCACCCCCUCCACCGUCUCGCCCGGCACCGUGCAGAUGUACACCCUGCCCCAGCAUCCCGGUGGCUACCACACUCUGCCGCACAAUCAUCACGCACAGCAGCAGCUGGCGGGCGGUCCGCAGAACUCCGCUUCGAUGAUGCAAAUGAUGCAGCAGCAGCAGCAGUUGCACCACCAUCCUGCCUCCAACAUGCCGCCCUCCUACCAGCAACACCAGCAAAAUCAGCAUCAGCAGCAGCAGCAGCAAAUGGCCCAUGGCCAAAUGCUGGUCUCGAGCAACAGCAGCGGAUUGGCCUCCACCACGGCGGCGGUGGCCAGUCCCAGUAGUUCCCUGUCGGGACUCUCGGGCGUGGGCAAGUCCUAUUCCCGCGAAAUUGUCACCGUUCGCACCCCGCUCAUGUAUUCGCAGCAGGAGAGCUGCGUCUAAGGACUCCCGGGCAUGGAUUUACCCAAUCCGUACUACCCAAAUCUCUCAAAUCUCACAAAUAGCCCAAAUCACCCGAUUAACUAGUCUUGUAAGUCUUGAGCUCUUCGUGGUUGGUGUCUAGGCUAAGUGUUGCCAAAACGAAUUGAAUUGAAUUGCAGAAUUGAAUCGUUUGUGUGCUCGUCGAGGAACUGAAUAUUUUUAAAUGUAAAGCUUAAGGCUGCCACAAUACCCCUUAAAUCUUCUGAGCAUCAUUUAAAUCUUGAAAGCCACCUUUCUUAAAAACCUUGUACUUCCCAUUUUACCAAUUUUCUUUUAUUUUUAUGAGUCCUAAUAGUAUGAAAGACUUUCUUAAACCAAAAACUAUCUUUGAAUGUGUUUUUUGUAAAAAAUACUUCUUUACAACCCUAACUAUUAUAUAUAAAUUUAUAGAACAUUUUUCAACAUUUUACGCCUCAAUAUUAAUAUUUGACUGUUAAAAAUUUGAAAUAUAUCUAAAGUGGCAUCUGGGUUAGUAAGUUAAACAGUUUAUUAUUUUACUAAAAAAGAUUAUAAUUUACAUGCCUUAAUGCGGCAUAAAAAUGUAAGCCAUAAAUUUAAAAUUCCCAAACAGUAAUUUUAAUAAAUCAAAAUCGAUUACUGAAAAUAAGCAGCAAAAAGGCGAUAUUGAUUCAUAAUUUAUAGCACUUCUCUCAUAAAUGGAUAAAUGUUUAAAACCAGCCAGAGAAAUUUAAUUUUUUAGGCCUACUUUUAAACAGUUAGAGCCAGAAAAUGAUGCAUUAGCAGCAGAAGAAUGUUCCUUCCUUACAGUAAGUACUCAGAUGGACACACAGUCUAUGCAAUAUUUUUUCAACAGAUUACUUCACACAAACGAGAAAUAUGAAUUAUUUUCCAGGAGACUUUGUAAAUGUUUGUAAAUGUCAGCUGACAAGUAAGGGGCUGCAGUUUUUAGCAAUUAGGCUCAAAGAUCGCAUACAUCUAGUACAUAAUUAGUAAGUAUAUCCUCGAUAUAAUAGACUUAAAGCUCACACUCACUCAACCAAAGAUAGGCGAGCAAUGCGAGGGCGCAACUUCUUGGCAAUUAUAUUGAAAAUAAAUUACAUUAUUCGAAUCUAUGGUAAAUGAUAUAAAUAAAACAAACACUAAGAACCCCAACACACACACGCAAAUUAGCUGCAAUUAGCCUAGCAUAAAUGAAUACUAAGUAUUAAUGUGUAAAUAGCAAAAUCGUAAAUCAAAUUUAUUUUACAAAACCCAAAAGCAAAUCAAACAGAAGCGCUGCAAACUAAUGAAUGUAAAUUAGUUGCACAUUCUUUGCGAGAAACUCCAAAAGACUAUAAAUAAAAAAAAGAAAACACAACAAGGACCUAUCGUUGGUAUGUAAACUUUCAAAACAAAAAAAAAAUAACAAAGCCAGAAAAAGAAGAACAAAUGGGGAAAAUUGUUGUUUGUAAAUUGCAUUUAUAUAUCAAAUUGUAUUUUUUCUCUUAAAUGUAUAAAUCAAUGUUUGAACUGUGAAAUGGUAUAAAAAUUACAAAAUAAAUGCACCUUGUAAAUUAUUGUUACAUUUUAAUAUUUGUGUUUAAUGAAUGGAGAAGUGAAUUCACAAACAAAACGAAAAGCUAUACUCCUUUAAAGUUGAGCUGUAAUUGUAAUAGGCAGAAUAAUGGCCCAGCAUGGCAAAUGCAAUUUCCAUUUCAAGCUAGUUAAGACAAAAAGAUGAAAAACCAAAAAAUAAACUAAAAAAAGAAACAAGUGAUUUCUCUUACAUCAAUUAGAAUGAAAUACAAACAAACAAACGUACAUAUAUAGGGUCGGUCAUCAAUCUAUGCGUAUAUUUCUGCAUGUAAGUGUUCCAACCAAUAUGAAUCUAAAACUAAGUGUAGCUAAUUUAACAUCUAAACGAAGCCAUAAAAGAUAAUUGUAAAAUAUAUUAACGAUUUAGUUUAAAGCAAGGCAUAUACUCUACAAAAUGAAUUAUGAAUGUAUGUAACGAUUAAGCACUCGAAACGAUAUUGAAAAUACCCCUGCCCUAUCCCAAUGAAUACAAGGAAUACAAUAAUAACUUGAGACACAAGAAACAAACUGAACAGCAAACAACUGAAUGAACUCAACCAAAUAAAUCCAUACAAAAUUUCAAUGAAAA